GUAUAGUAUCCACCACGAGUGAGCGAACGAUACCUUUGAAUGUGCUGACAAGGAGUUCUUGCCACUUUGAGCUGAACCGUUUUUCAAUUCGCGCUUCGGAUUUGCCACCGCCUCCAACCUGCAGCCAUGGCGGACCUCAGCAUCGAUGAGGCGAACAAGAUCCGCCUGUCUAUGGGCUUGCCCGCUCUGCCAGGCGGCUCUGCCAGUGCUGACCCAGAAGGACCCGUCUUUAAAGCUGCGAAGGAAGGCGACGACUCAGACGACGAACCUGCGAGCACGAUCGAUACGCGCCAGGCAGCAGCCCACGACAACUGGUUGAAGCUCAAUGCCGAACAAGAAACCAAGAAGAAGCGCGAGGAGCGCGCAGCCGCGAUAAAGAAGGAGCGUGAGAGGGCUGCGCGCGUAGCGAAGCUCGAAGGCAGCGGUCUUGCAGACAAUGGCAACGACGACGAUGAUAUGGCGUGGUUAAAGGGCAGCAAAAAGCGCCAGAAGAAGAUCUUGAAGGCCGAGCAGAUGCAAAAGGAGCUUGAGGAGCGGGAGCGGCAAGCACGCGAGGCGAUGCAGUACACAGAAACUGAUCUUGCGGGUGUCAAGGUUGGUCACGAAGUUGAUGAGUUUGACGACGGCGAGGAUCAGAUUCUUGUACUCAAGGAUACAGCAGUCGAUGCUGAGGACGACGAUGAACUUGAGGCAGUCGCCCUGAAGGAGAAAGAGCGCCUGCAGGAACGCCUGGACUCGAAGAAGCGAAAACGCGCAUACGAUCCGAACGAUGAGAACGGCGAGAAAUCUAUCCUUGCGCAGUAUGACGAAGAGAUCGAGGGCAAGAAGGGCAAAGCAUUCACAUUGGAUGGCAAAGGUCGGACAGUCGAAGAUGUACAAGCGGCAGCUGCAGGUGCUGCGCAACCAAAAAGGAUCGCUAUUAGCCUCGACAUACUCAAGGAUGAUGCACCAGCCAACGACUAUAUGGACAUAUCGGAAAUCAAGAUGAAGAAACCAAAGAAGAAGAAGACCAAGAAGGCCAAACGAGAGCGCAUUGAAGACGAUGAGGAGACGGUGCUGCCGCCUACAGAAGACCCAGCUGAGGACAUGGAGCUCGACGGCGCCGCAGCAACCGUUCCCAAGGCGAAGAAGAAUAGUAUGUUCGACGAGUCUUUUAUCGAUGAUGACGAUCUGCAAGCCAAUCUUGCUGCACAGCGGCAGAAAGCCCUCAAGAAGCGGAAGAAGAUGCGCCCAGAAGACAUUGCGCGACAGCUACGAGAGGAGGCGUCUGCGCCACAGACACCUGACGUGGUGGAAUCGACCAAAGACGGUGAUGCCGAAGGCCUGGUGAUUGACGAAACGACUGAAUUUGUGCAAAAUCUUGGCGCAAACGCAGAUCAUGAGGAGGAAGAGGAGGCGAGAAGGCGGCGGAGGAAGCCUAAUCAUGUCUCUGAUGGCAUCGGGACUAAACAGCCCAUCGACGACGACGGUGACAUUGAGAUGGAACAGUCUUACGCUGAAGCAACGGAAGGUGAAGACGCAUGGGAACGCAGCCACUCCCGAGCAAAGUCAGUCGAGAAUACAGACACCGGUCUCGAGGCCGAAAAGACAGUCGAUGGAGGCAUGGGUGCCACUCUCGCACUCCUGCGCCAGCGCGGCCUUGUGGCUGCCGAAAACGAUGCAAGCAGCAAGAAUGCGCUGUACCGCGACCGCCAGAAGUUUCUUGCGGACAAGCAACGUGCCGAGGCCGAAGCCGAACGCCAGCGCAAGAUUGCGCGUGAGCGCGAGCGCAACUCCGCACGCUGGAACACCAUGACUCCCCGCGAGCGCGAAGAAUGGGCUCGCAAGCAGAACACCAACGCUGACGUCAGUGAGAGUCGCAGGCUAGCGGAGAUCUUUAACAAGGAGUACAAGCCGAACGUCGAGCUGAACUACGUUGACGAACACGGCCGCCAGAUGAACCAGAAAGAGGCGUUCAAGCAGCUUUCACAUCAGUUCCAUGGCAAGGGCAGUGGAAACACAAAGACCAAGAAACACCUUGAUAAGGUGGCUCAGGAGAAGAAGAAGAUGGCUGAGAGCUCGUUGGAAGUCUCGAAGGCAGGUGGUGUGGGAAGUGCUCACGAUCAGCAGGCGAAGAAGUUGAAGACUGCUGGUGUGCGGUUGCAGUAGAUGUACAGCUGCGAUAUUGACACAAGGUUAGUGUUUCUGAUACCUCAUUCAUCAAGUGCUUCUGUUAAUAGAAACAUCUCAAUAGACGGG